CCACUGGCGCAACAACUGAUUAAAGACAGAAAGUUCUCGGGAAACAACUCUGACAAGACUAAAACGCUUACUGAGGGCAGCAGGAGAGAACAGACAAGCCAUUCAAGGACCUUUAAAGUUUUUUUCAUUAGAGUGACACUUGCAGGAGAAUUUAGAAACUCACAGCAAAGGUCUGAUUACCACUAAAAAGGCAUUUCAGAGACAGAAACAUUGAAGUUCUUCCAGCAGCAGGGAGAGUUUUAGUGCUGAAUUAUUAAUAGAAGUCCUCGUCAUGUCAAGCAAAGUGCUUCCCAUCCUUUUCAUAUCUCUAUGUCUGACUGUUGGUUCUAUCUGGAGUCAGGGGUCUUCCCACGAUAACUUUAUUCUCCAGUACCUUGAGAGGAGACUGGCUCAGAUGGAGGUAGCGUCUAAUAUCUGCGAGCAGAACACAGUGGGUAUCACCCAGAAGACUUAUGAUCUCUCCUCUGAAAUCAGAGGUUAUCUGUCCACUCUCAGUGUUCUGAGAUCAGAGACUAAGAGCCAGGUGGACAGUGUGUCUGUCCGUGUAGACCGGGUGGAGAGAGAGUUGGAAUAUCUUGAGAAUAAAAUUCCCAGCCAGUCUAAUAUUGAGAUGGAGGAGGCACUGCUAGAACAACAGAUAAAGGCUGCAGAACUGGACCAGCUGCAGAAGAAAGGAAGGAUCAAGAUUGAGAGGGACUGCAACACAGCCCUGAGUCAAAUCAAGUCUCUGAAGAUUGUGAAGAAGACAGGAGAUGCCUACGGUUGCUGGUUCAGGGACCCCUCUGAAGGAUCAGCCAAGGUCUACCUGCUCAGUGGAAUCCGUAACAGCACUCUGCUGGAGUAUGCUUCUCUGCACAGUUUCACAGAGAGGAUCACCACACAGCCAGCUAAGGUUCUGAAGCUUCCUUUUCACUGGCAGGGAACCGGUCAUGUAGUCUACAAUGGAUUCCUCUACUACCACAAGGCAGAUACACCAAACCAGAUAUUGAAGGUCGACUUGUUGAAUGGUACUGUGGUGGACAGUACGCUGCUACCAGGAGCAGGUCGUCUACCCGUUUACAGUUUGAACCCCAACACCUACCUGGACCUGGCAGUGGAUGAACUUGGACUGUGGGUCAUCCAUGCUGACCCUGAGUAUGGAGGAAACCUGAUCAUUACCAAACUGGAUAAAGGGUCUUUGGCAGUAGAGUACACCUGGGAUACACAAUGUAGAAGUCGUGAUGCUGAGGGAGCCUUCCUUAUAUGUGGAGCCCUCUAUGUGGUAUACAACACACGUUAUGGAGGACGUUCCACCGUACAGUGUCUCUUCGACAUCCAUGACACCAUCCACAGUGAAGAGAGUCCUGUGAUGUUCUUCCCGAAGCGCUACACCAGCCACAGCAGCAUCCACUACCACCCUGGAGAGAAACAGCUGUACGCCUGGGACGAUGGCUACCAAACAAUAUACAAAGUGGAGACAAAGAGAAAUGAUCAAGUCACUGUUGAAUGAAGAUUUGUUACAAUACUUAACCUUUGAAAACUUGUGUUAUCAGUUAUCAGAAGCACAUAACCCACUGCGGUUUAGCAUUUAUUCUUUGCUGGAAAAUGGAUGCAGCAUCUUUCACUGUUAUUCAUAAUAGACAUACGCUUAUGUCCAAUCAAAGGACAUUCUUCAGUAGACUUUAUACUUUGAAUCAUUACAAUAAAGAGCAUUUAAGUGUCA